AUGGCAGAAGCAAAUUUUAAAAUGGUUUUGGAACCUGCCGCCCAGGGGGUGGCUGAAGAGGAGAUGGCUAGUUCGGCUAGUGAUUCCGGGGAAGAAUCUGACAGCAGUAGCUCUAGCAGCAGCACUAGUUGCAGCAGCAGCGGCAGCAGCAGUAGUUGCAGCUGCAUAUAUAGAAAGAGGAGGGGGCCUGAGCCUUCCAGAAGGGCGCGGCGGGCUCCGUCGUGUACAAAUUUCGUGGAUAGGCUGCCUCAGGCAGUGAGAAAUCGCGUGCAGGCGCUCAGAAAUAUUCAAGAUGAAUGUGACAAGGUAGAUGCCCUGUUCUUAAAGGCAAUUCAUGAUCUUGAACGAAAAUAUGCUGAACUCAAUAAACCUCUAUGUGAUAAGCGAUUUCAAAUCAUCAAUGCAGAAUAUGAGCCUACAGAAGAAGAAUGUGAAUGGAAUUCAGAGGAUGAGGAGUUCAGCAAUGAUGAGAAGGUUCAGGAUGACAUCCCCAGUGAAGUGCCUCCCUUAGAGAGUGAGGAAGAAAGAGCCCCCAAAGAAAAACCGGAGGUAAAGUCUGAAGAAAAGGAGGUUCCUCAAGAAAAUGCUAGGGAAAAUGCUGAUUCUAUUGAUUGGAUGGAGGUAACGCCUGAGGUAAAAGAAGAUCCCAAAGAAGUCCCCCAGGGAAAGGCAGAAGGUAAAGAACAGCCUAAAGCAACAGAGGCUAAGGCAAGGGCUGCAAUAAGAGAGGCUCAUAAAAGAGUUCCUGAGGAAAGUCUUAAAGAAAGAGUUAAUCUUAAAAGAGCUCGGAAGGGAAAGCCUAAAAGAGAAGAUCCUAAAGGCAUUCCUAACUAUUGGAUGAUUGUUUUAAAGAAUGUUGACAAGCUCGGGCCUAUGAUUCAGAAGUAUGAUGAGCCCAUUCUGAAGUUCUUGUCCGAUGUCAGCCUGAAGUUCUCAAAACCUGGCCAGCCUAUAAGUUACACCUUUGAAUUUCAUUUUCUACCCAAUCCAUACUUCAGAAAUGAGGUGCUGAUGAAGACAUACAUAAUAAAGUCCAAACCAGAUCACAACGAUCCCUUCUUCUCUUGGGGAUGGGAAAUUGAAGAUUGCAAAGGCUGCAAGAUAGAUUGGAGAAGGGGAAAGGAUGUUACUGUGACAACCACCCAGAGCCGCACAACUGCUACUGGAGAAAUUGAAAUCCAGCCAAGAGUAGUUCCUAAUGCAUCAUUCUUCAAUUUCUUUAGCCCUCCUGAGAUUCCUAAGAUUGGAAAGCUGGAGCCACGAGAAGAUGCUAUCCUUGAUGAGGACUAUGAAAUUGGUCAAAUUUUACAUGAUAAUGUCAUCCUGAAGUCAAUCUAUUACUAUACAGGAGAAGUCAACAAUACCUACUAUCAGGAUGACAGAGAUUAUGGGAACAGGAAAUACUGUACAUACAAAAGAAGCUGUCUGAAAGAUUUUUAAGAAUCUUAAAAAUUCAAGCAGAAGUGAAGCAGGUUCAUAUAGCCUUGAAAAAAGAAAAAAAAGAAAACCUGCCAUAUAACCUGAACAUUCCUUACAGUCUUGUGUUUUCAUAUUCUUUUGGUACUU